AUGAACAAUUUUGCAAAUGAUAUUAGAGUUCAAAAUAACAAGAACAAUCACCACAACAACAAUAGCAAUAUCGAUAACAAUAGCAAUAGCAAUAGCAAUAGCAAUAGCAAUAGCAAUAGCAAUAGCAAUAUCGAUAUCGAUAUCGAUAGCAAUAGCAGUAUCGAUAGCAAUAGCAAUAGCAAUAGCAAUAGCAGUAUCGAUAACAAUAGCAAUAUCGCUAUCGAUAUCGAUAACAAUAGCAAUAUCGCUAUCGAUAUCGAUAGCAAUAGCAAUAACAAUAUCGAUAACAAUAACAAUAACAAUAACAAUAACAAUAACAAUAACAAUAGCAAUAAUAAUAACAAUAAUAAUUAUUAUUCUAUUAUUCAAAAUGAUAUUUUUAAUAAUCAACAAUCUUCAAACACCUCUUCCUCUAAUAAUAAUAAUGAACCAUGUUUUCCUAAUCGUCCUUAUCUCUUUAAAAUUAAAGAGUAUAUUGACAGCAAACCACCAAAAACAAAAACAACAAAACAAAAGAAAAAAAGAAAGUCAAGACAUCUCAACCAUUUGUAUAAUAAACAACAACAACAACAACCAGACACAUCAACAACAACAACAACAUCUAAUUCUUCCAAUAAUAAUAACAAGUUAUCGAUUAAAGAAAAUAUCGAUAUUAGUUUUUUUUAUCAUAUCAAACGUUCAAUCAGCGUUCUACUUAUCCCACAGGUAAAUAGUUUUAAUCAAUUUUCUAUCCACUAUAAUAAGACAGCUCUCGGUAAAUUGUUAAAUAAUGAGAACAUCAACGUGUCAGAUAUAGUAAACCCCAAAUUCAAUUUAACAACAUAUGAGAUGGUUGGUAUUAGAUCAAAUGGUGAUUCUUGUUAUAUUGUAUAUGCCAAGAAAAAAAAGAAACCAACAGCCAACAAACCAACAGCAACCUCUACAAUAACAACAACAACAACAACCACAACCAACGAAACAACAACAGCUACAACCAACAAUACAACAACUGAAACCAACGAACCAACAACUACUAAAACCAAAAACGAAAUAGUAGUUACAAAAGAAAUCAAAUUAUAUGAUAAAGUGAAGAAAGAUCCCCAAUGGAAAGAACUUUCAAUCAUUGCGGUUGAUCCGGGUCGUAAUCACAACACUUAUUUAUUCUAUCCUGGUGGUCUUAGUGAUGAUGAUAAUGGACUAAUUCCCAAUACUCCACAACAAUUGGCACAAAUGGAAAAGAAAUUUAGUCUUGACAUGAUCAGUGGCACUCAUUAUUACAACUCGCAAUCAGGCAGGCGUAAAAGUAUUAAAAACAAAAAGAGAGGUAAACAAGUUGAUGAAUGGGAAUCAAAAAUCCCAAGUCUUUAUGGUGGUUUUGAAUGUAACAUAUUAUCAAUAGAUAUUUAUGAAAAGAGAAGGAAAUAUCUAUUUGAUAGACCAAUUCAUUUUGUUACAGAUUCAAAAGAGAUUGAUCUAUUGAAUAAAGAGUCGGUAGAUAUUCAAAAUCAUAUUGACCAUUUGAUAUUGGAAAUUGGCAAGCACGAACCAGAUGAUCCUGUUUAUCAAAAUUUAGAGAAUCAACUUUUAUCUUUUGAAGCUCAUGGUACUGUUUAUGCGAAAAAUAGCAGUGGAUCAUUUAGGAAACCCGAGAUUCAAGUAAACCCCAAUAAUACCGAAAUCGAUGGUAUUAUUGAUCGCUUAGGAGAAACUACAAAGAAUCUUCAUGCUCUUAUCGAAAAACGCCAGUCAAUUCCAAGUCCUUUAUAUUCUGCAGCAAUUGAAGCUCAUAAAUCCUAUCGAUUGGUUGAUUCUUCAUUUGAUAAAAAGAAGAAACACAUUCAACUCCUUAAAAGCCGACCUACUUUUAUAUCGUUUAUGAAUGAUCAAUCUAGUUCAAUCCCUGCUCCAACUUCAACACAAUCAUCUUUGCCCCGACGAAAACGACGCUCCAAAAAACGUGCCGAUGAACGACAUGCCAAACAUCGUGCCGCUGAACAACUCUCCAAAUCUCUCUCCAACGAUACAGUUAUGACUGAUCUACCUACUUCAUCUACUACUACUACUACUACUACUACUACUACUACUACUACUAAUACUACUACCACUACUAAUACUACUACUACUAAGCCUCCACGUCGACCCCCUAAAUCAUCCUCCAAAGUUGGUCUACCUAGUUCCAAGACUGCUCCAACCUCAAAAAAACCAUCUACAUCCCGUGCCGGUAAAAGCUCCAAAGAUACUGACGUAGUCAUGACAGACCUACCUCCCGUAAAGAAUCUACCAUUGAAACCACUUCAAUAUAUUUACAAAACUUUAGAUCCAAAAGUAUUGAAUCUCCCUGAAGUUGUUCCAGAGAACUAUACCAAACCAGAAGUCACUAUCACUCAUAAACUAAGAUUCAAAGGGUCCGAUACAAAAAGACACCGAGAUCUUUUAUAUUUGACAAAGAUGGCAAUUGGUUCUGAAAUAACAAAAGAGAAUGUGGAAUCUUUCAAAAAACGAUUCAAUAGUUUGGUUGAGCUUGGAAUGGACUUUGAUUUCAAUGUACUCCAAUCCACAGAAAUUGAUCAAUUACGCGGGAAAUUAGCAAAACAUAAUCUUGUUUUCAAAGUUCCUCAAGGUUUAAAUGAUCCACCAACUAAACGAUCUGUCAUAUCAGCGACACAAAGAUAUGGUACCAAUUUAAUUCAACAAGCAUUAAAUAUAUUGGAGUACGUCAAACUAUCAAACUCACUUUUGUUGAAAUGCAAAGAAGAAUUGAAAGUUGCUCUCAUGCCUAGCGUUGAACUCUCUGGCCUGUGCUCUGAAAUCCUAGUUAUUUUGAAUUCCAAGGAUUUCCAAACUAAUUGGUUUCAUCGAAUAGGUUAUAUUCGCUAUUGUGCUAUAAGACGAUUCAAAUUUGACGAAAGGCAGAAAACUUUAUCUGUCUCUACAGUCAUCCCAGAUUUUGAGUUUUGGAUAAAGAACAAUCAACAAUCUAAACCCAUCAACCGUAUUAAUAUGAAACAAUUCCAAACAACAAAAGAAAUUCCAACAACAUCAACAAUCACAUCAACAUCAACAACAACUUCAUCCUCUUCUUCAUCUUCUUCUUCAUCCUCUUCUCUUUCAUCUUUAGCAUCAUCAUCGUCACGAAAAUCAAAAAAAAAAGACAAAUCACAACAACAAACCAACCCAACACCUGAAACCGAAUGUAAUAAUAAUAACAAUACAACUCCUUCAGUAGCUCCCAAUCCACCAAGCAAGAGAAAAGGUAAUGACCCUCAAACAAAACAACCAACCAAGAAGACAAAACCACCUGAGCCCUCUCCUAAAAAAAGACGUCGGUGGAAAUGUAUUAAAUGUAAGAAGAUCCAUAACUAUCGAUUAGUCGAUUUUAAAGGAGAUUACUUUGCUACCAAAUGCUCACAUUGCGAAUGGAAAUACAUAAUCUUUAAGGACAAAGCAAUAGCGACAUCAAAAGUAAAAAAACAAAGGUUUUUUUAUGGUAAAGGUGCAGGUCCCAAUAACUAUGUCCAAAAUGUAAAAGGUGUACAAUAUAGUCCCACUCUUCUUAAAGAAAUAGAUUUCUUAGAAAGACGUUCUCAUUCUCGAUAUGGUGCCAGAGUAAAGACCUAUCUUUUCGACGAGUACAAUACAUCCCAAAUUUUUGCACCAAAGCUAAAGGAAAUGGAAAAGAGCUAUGUUAAAGAAAAGUCAGAUGCCAAACGAAAAGAAGUGUAUAAAGCCGCCAAAGUCAAAGCUCCUCCGGAUGAUCCUAAUUCUUAUGUUAUCAAAUACUAUUUGGAUGGAGAGACAAAGUAUUACAUCAACCGUGAUUUCAAUGCCUGUUUGAAUAUGGUUACUAUUGCCGAAGCAUAUUUAAAAGGUAAAGACCGUCCAACUUUAUUGUGUCCAUUCAAAAAGGACAACCCGGAGGAUGAUUGA